AUGAAUAUUUUAUUUGGUAUCAGUGGGAGUAUAGCAGCAAUUAAAACGAAUGAAAUUGUUGAGAAAUUAAAAGAUGAGUGUAAAUUAAAUAAUAUACUAAUCGAUAUUAGAUUUGUUGCAACGAAUAUUGCUUACGAAAAAUUUUUAAAAGAUUUUAAUAACAAGGUUUAUUUAGAUAAAGAUGAAUGGUUAUGGGAAAAAAGAGGAGAUGAUAUUUUACAUAUAGAAUUAAGAAAAUGGGCUGACAUAUUUAUCUUAUGUCCAUUAGAUGCUAAUACGUUGGCAAGUAUAUCAAACGGCCUCUGUCCAAACCUUUUA